AUGAAGGGCCUUUUCCUCGUGGAGCCUGUGGUUGCACUGUACGCUUUCUCCAGUUUUCUCAUCUAUCCUCUUGUGCAGCAGUAUGUGUACCGGAGGCUCUGGCAGGAGCUGACAAACACCACAUAUCCCAUCUCUGACAAUGCCUCCAGAUGUGCGGAGAACAUCAGCAGCAACCAUUCCAGCUACCAUAAGGAGGUACAGAGACAGGCAUCUCUCUUCUCCCUUUACACGGAGCUCUUCUCCACAAUCCCCUCUUUGGUCGUCACCUUCAUGCUCGUGGCCUACAGUGACCGGGGAGGACGCAAGAUCACGAUCAUCAUGCCUUUGAUCGGCUCGUUGAUCUACACGCUGUCUUUCCUGACGGUCUCCUACUUUGAGCUCAACGUCUACUUGCUCAUCGGCUCCUCGCUGCUCAGCUCUCUGUUCGGCGGCUUGGGCACAUUUCUGGGGGGCUGCUUCGCCUACAUAGCCGACCUGUGCGAGGACGGUCGUCAGAAGACGCUACGCAUGGCCGGAGUGGACAUGAUGAUUGGCCUGCUGUCUGGGGUGGCUUCAAUAUCGACAGGCUACUUUUUGAGAGCUGCGGGCUUUAACUGGCCUUUCCUGACCUCUGCGAUGUGUCAGUGUUUGGUCCUGCUCUACGCAAUAUUCAUCCUAGAAGAGACUGUGAAGAAGGCUCCUGAUGAUGCUGUUCUUUUAGACGGGUCUCCUCAGUGCUCAGCCUUUAAACAGAUGAUCUACGGGUCCUACAACAUGUUUGCAGGGGCCAACCGAAGGACUAAAACUGUCCUGGUCCUCCUGAUGCUCAUCUUCUGCAGCUUCUCCUUCGCCUACGUGGGUGGGAUCUCCCUGAUUACGCUGUACGAGCUGAAUGCGCCACUGUGCUGGACUGAGAUUUUGAUUGGCUACGGCUCGGCGCUGUCCACCACCGUGUUCCUGGUCAGUUUUAUUGGAGUGUCGGCGCUCACGUACUGCGGUGUGCCACUGCUGCUCAUCGUCAUGAUGGGGAUCCUGUCCGUCAUGUCAGGCAUGGUCCUGCUGGCGUUUGCUAAGACCACUCUACUGAUGUUUAUAGUGAGGGUGCCGAUGCUUCUGUCUAUCAUGCCUUUCCCCGUCCUGCGCUCCAUGAUAUCAAAGAUCAUCUCAAAAUCGGAGCAGGGAGCCCUGUUUGCCUCUCUGUCCUUCCUGGAGAGUUUAACUAGCAACGUAUCGAGCGCAGUCUUCAGCAGCGUCUACGCUGCUACGGUGGCAUGGUAUCCUGGCUUCAGCUUCCUGUUGUCUGCAGGACUCUGUGUCAUCCCUCUGAUUGUCCUGGGGGUGGUGGGUCUGAUAGGGGUGGAUGUUGGCGAAGAGGUCACAAAGCCAGAGUCGGUCUUCUCAGGGGAGGAGGAUCUUGUUGAAGAUUACAGCGACAACCAUCCUAUUCUUAGCUGAGCCAAAACCUCACCAGCACUUUGUUCAUUUUUUCCUUUGGUGAUUUUUUUCUACGACACUUUUUCCAAACGUACCUCAGUGACUCAAGUUAAUAAAGCAGGUUACAGAUUCAUCUCUUGUGCUACUGAACUUGAAUAUUAUGACGAUAUAACAGGGAGUUGUAGGUGUUUUACGAGAACAUUGUUGGAUUAGAAAUAUGUCAAGAUGGCAGCCAAAGCAGAAUAUAAAGCAGGGAUUGGAUGUUAAGUGACGUGCAUACCAUCUAACAGGUCUUCCAUGAAGAAUGGUAAGAAUCCUCACACAUUAUUUGUACCUCCAAAUGGCCUGACUGACGAGGAUUUUAUGUGUUUUCAAACAGUUUUCCAGUGUGAUAUGAGUUGCAAAAUAUUUUAUUUUUUCCAGUGUGAUUUAAUUCAGAUCUGUCCUAUCAUUUGUUUCUCCUUUUAAGUGCAAUGUUAGUUCAUGCCUUUACAAAGAGCUCCACUGGCACCAAAAUAUGCAACACAACUUUGAUAAUUUUUUUCCACCAAACCUACAAUAAGUGGUGUAAAAGUAAGCAAAUAUUAUAGUAUACAUGUGAAUGUAUAAAGAUAACCCUCAGAGGGAGGAAGGGGUUUUUUAAAGGAACAAGGAAUCAGUGCUUUUUAAGAAAUAAUGGACUGUUUACAACGAAACAUUUUAUGGUUGUCCUCCAACCUUAAUAUUUGGUGACCUAAAAGGGAUGAUGAGGAAGAAAAAGAUCAUUAUGAUGGGAAAAUCAUAUAUAUUUAAGACUACAAAAAGACAAAAAAUAAACAUUUAUCAGUGGGUUAUCUAAGUAUCUGCUAAUCUAAACCAGGAUGAAGAUUGGAGUGAAAUAUAACUAUAAUCAAAUGGGUCGGCAAUAUGCUAUUUACCCUUAACUGUUGCUCUUAGCAUUGUAGGUAUGGUUUUAAGUGGACCACCCGGGGGUACACACCUGAGUGUCGUCGUUUUUGUGACUCAAUCCCAAAUGUUGUAUCAUAGAAGUAUAAUUGGACACGCAGGGAUGUAGGAAGUGUUUUCUUUUUCUGCUUUUUUGGGGAGUUUAUUUCAAAAGUGCAAAUAAUCUAACAAAAUGACAAAUGUUUUGUUUUUCACCUGUGGUUUCUAACAUAAUUUUCCCUUUACUGUGUAUGUUCAUGUCUUUGUGUAAAUACAAUUUAAAAAAUAAAAUAAAGGAAAUGUUUAUAGUUCCUCUAACACUGUCCCAAAAAAGACAAUCUGUCAUGAACAUACUCUUUUACCUUUAAGUUUGUAAGGACACAUCUUCCUGUUGCUUGCUAAAACCACCACUAAUGGAGAUUUAUGUGGUGUGUCUUCAACAACGAUAACUUAACCAAGUAUUGGCGAGGACCUUUCCUUUGCAAGAAUCAGGAAGAUCUUUAUCUUGAUGGAAACUAAUUCGAAAUCCAGUCAAUAAAAAUAUGCAGAUUUUAUUAUCAUGAACUGCAUGUGAUUAUCAUAAAGUGGGCAUGUCUGUAAAGGGGAGACUCGUGGGUACCCAUAGAACCCAUUUUCAUUCACAUAUCUUGAGGUCAGAGGUCAAGGGACCCCUAUGAAAAUGGCCAUGACAGUUUUUCCUCGCCAACAUUUAGCGUAAGUUUGGAGCGUUAUUUAUCCAUCAUGGUCUGUACCAAUGGAUUCCUUAGGUUUUUCUAGUUUCAUGUGAUACCAGAAUCUUGCAACACAGCUCAGGUUGAAAGAACUGAUUCAGCUACUGUGCCGUGAAGUGAUAAUAAGGGAGACCUGUGACUAAAGUUUACUGAUCUGAACUCGUACAGACACUGACUGACAUGCUGUAGUAGUUUGCUAAAGAGUGAUAAUCUUAUUAAAUCACUUGUGAAUUCACAGCAAAUAAGUCUGCAGUGCACCAAAGCAUACCGCAUUAUAAGAAGGAUUUAGAAGAGUUAAAGUAUCAGUAACGUUGUAUUUAUAGAGGAAUAAUGAAACACAGCAGAGAAGUGAGAACAAACACAUUGAUCUGGAAAUCUAUCUGACACAUCUAUCUGAAAAUAGACACUUCUGCAGCUGUUGCACUGUAGAAAGCUUUGUUUCCUUUUAGCCCUGAAUAACCUCAUAUGAUGCACAAAUUCUGUGUUGGUCUCAUGACAUUGGAUUGUCACUAUCUCUGUUUAACUUGUCUUGUCAUUUGUAGGUUGUAGUGGUGGUUUUAGCAAGCAACAGGAAGACGUGUCCAUACAAAUUUAAAGGUAAGAGAGUAUGUUCAUGAUUGAUUAUCUUCAAUAAAAAUAUGCAGACUUUGUUAUCAUGUCUAAUAUUGGGUUUGGAUUGUAAACAUUAAAAAAAGAAUGCCAUUAGGAAAUUGAAUAAAUCUGUAACACUACAUUUUACACAAAUAAUGUUUAUAAUAAAGUAAUUUUCGAUCAAUUUUGAGGUAAAUUUUGAGGUAAUUUGGCAGUAAUUCCAAAGAAAUUUCAAAUAGGUUACUUGCUUAUUAUCACCUAAUUACCAUGCAAUUUGUGGAUCUGUAAAAUGAAGUGUUACCAAUAAAAACAAAUAAAACCUUAAAUAUUAUGGUUCAACUUGAAUCUUAAAUACUAAAUACUAUAUACUAUAUAUAUAUAUCUCACAUCAUAUCAUAUCAUAUCUUAUAUCAUAUCUUACAGUGCAUAGGGUUUUGACUCUUAUUUAGAUCUGUAUGCUGAGUCACAGGACAUGUUUUAAUAAGUCUGUGUCCAAGGAAAAUAAUAAACUGUUUGAAAUUCCCAUGCAGGAACA